UUUGCGGUGCGUUGUUUUUGUGUUACCGUAUUCCAAGGUCAAGAAAAAACCUCAUUUCAUUUCCUUCCACUAAGAUUGAGAAUCACAUUCAAACACUGAUGAUGGAAUCUUUAACCUCAUCUUCUUCUUCAACAACGCUACCUUCUUUCUCCAUCUUCCCUUCAACAACAACAAGAACAUCUCUUUCUUCCAAGAAAACCCUCCACUUUCGUCCACCUUCCUCCAAACGUGACGAUGCUAAGGAUUCCGAUGAAAUCAACAUCAACAUCAACCUUCCAGUUCUCAGUAAUCAAUGCUUCUCCAUUUCCCCUCUUUCUAAUGAUGCGGCGAUGGGGCUGGUGUUGAGUGCUGCAACUGGUAGAGGAUGGACAACGGGUUCGGGGAUGGAAGGGCCGCCUGUUCCUGCUGUUGGGAAGGAUGAUGAAUUAGGGACGGGGAAUAUUUCAACUUUUCCGUGGUCUCUGUUCACGAAAUCUCCGAGGAGGAGGAUGCUUAUUGCUUUUACUUGUACAAUCUGCAGCCAGCGAACUACACGGGCUAUUAAUCCUCAUGCGUAUAAUGAUGGAACUGUGUUUGUUCAGUGCUGUGGAUGCAAUGCGUACCAUAAGCUUGUGGAUCACUUGAACUUGUUUCAGGAGACAAAUUGCUAUCUGAAUUCAAGUUUUAAUUAUAAAGGUCCUGGAUGGGAUGAUCUUAAGUUCAGGUUCAUGGACGUAGAUAGCGACAGCGAUGAUGAUGAUGAUAUAUUCCCCGUUGCAUGAGUGACUUACCGGCUUAUGGAGUAUAUAUUUUCUACCUCUGAUGUUAAGAAGUUUUAGAUUAGUUGUCUUGUAUAUUGUUUAUGUUUUCAUGCUUUAUGGUAAAAUUUGUCAGAGGAUGGCUUUGUAUAGUAUAUAUGUGUAUGUAUAGCUUUGCAACCUAAUUGUACAAUCAUGAAUUUAAUUAUGUACAAUACUUUGCAUAAA